AUGGCCACGCCUUUGACGCCGACGCCAAGCGCGGCGCUGAAUUCCUCGACACCAGCGGGCGCGGGCGCGGGCCACGGAACCUUCGACACCGCCCGGAAACCCGUCGACAACGCCGAGAACCGCAACAGCAGUGAUGACGGCGACAGCACCCCAUUUCUCCCUCACGGUAGGGACAGCGUGACCUCUCCGACCCAGCGCGGGCCGUCACCGCCAAAGCCGCGUCCAGGAUCCCGCAUCUUGUCGGGGAGCGAGCUCUCACCGCUCAAGAUCCUGCAACAGCACCAGCAGAGCCAGGUCCAGGCGCAGACCCAGAACCAGCCCUCACCACAAUCCGCCGGCGAAGAAGCACCGUCGUCCGCCAAGAGCAUGCCCCCACCGCCACUACCGCAGAGCCCCCGGAAGCCGGCGCCGAUCAAGCGGUUUCCCGUCCGGGUGAGCCAGGCCAGCUCGACCGCAAGCGAGUCGCCGCGGCGGUCGUCGGAGGAUCGCCGCUCUUCUGGCGAGCGCCAGUUCACAGGCGAGCGCCAGGCCAGCAGCCUCCCGGAGGCGGUGCGCGAGAACGAGGGACUGAAGCACGUCAUCGACAUCUUUGAGGAUGAAGUUAACGCGAUGAACGACGAGCCAGACGACAUCGACCACGACGGCGAUCAUACCAUGUCGAUGGAGCACGAUGCGGCGGACGGCCGGAGCCACGCUGCCGAGGAGGAACACUCUGCUGCGGACGAUACCAUGAUGAGCACCUUCAGCGCCUUCUCGACCGUGCCGAACCUGACCAUGCUGGGCCAGAUGCGCAGCGACAGCCCGACUAAGCUCUCCACCGUGGGAGGGUCCACCCCACGUGUUGGCGGCCGGCCGGAGGGCUCGAUAGCGGCGAGGACGCCGCGGUCGAACGGCUCGUACGACGCCGGCAACACAACGACCAACCUGAUGGAUUUCACCGAGCAGAUGAGGUACGGCGCCUACGGCGCCCAGCCAACCCCGUCCAGGCGCGGCGGCCACCUGCCGGCAAGGACGCCCGACGACGCCGCCACGCCUCAGCGUAACAAUCUCGUCAACCUGCUCGACUUCGAUAUCCCCCCUGCUCCCACGCCCCGCAGCAUCCCGACCAUCACACCGCGCGAGCUCGAGUCGCUCAAGUCGGGGUUCCUGUCAGAAAUCAGCAGCCUCAAGGCAUCGCUCAGCGGCAAGGAGGCCGAGGUGCUCUCGCUCAAGACCGCUGUCGGCGACGCCGAAAAGCGGGUGGGCGAGUGCAUGGAGCAGCUGCGGGAGGUGCAGGGGAUGCUGGAGGCCCUCCAGGCGGAAAAAGACAGCUGGGAGCGGCGCGGGCGCGAGAUGGAGGCGGUCUUACGGAAGGUCAAGGAGGAGAUUGUCGUCAGCCAGCGCGAGCGCGAGGAGCUCGAGUUCAAGCUCGACGAGGCCGAGAAGCGCCGGGAGGCGGCCGAGAUGAUGGCUCAGGAUGCCGAGAGCAAGAUGGCUGGCAUGCGGGCCGGCAAGCUCAGCGCCGAAGCCGCCGCGGCCGCGGGCGAGAACAGGCCGCCAGUGCCGUCCAACAAGGAGGUCGAGAUCGCUGUCGAGCGCGUCGCGCGCGAGCUGCACGCGCUCUACAAGAGCAAGCACGAGACGAAGGUGGCCGCUCUCAAGAAGAGCUACGAGAACCGGUGGGAGAAGCAGGUCCGCAAGCUGCAGGCGCAGGUGGACCAGCUCACCCAAGAAAACGACGAGCUCCGGCACAGCAACCACUCGCGCAGCCACGGCGGCAUCGACCCGGCGCGGCUGGCCGAGAUCGAAGAGGAGCGCCGCGCCGACAAGGCGCGGGACGCCGCUCAGAUCAAGGAGCUCGAGGCCGAGGUCGAGAAGCUCGAGGCCGUGCUCAAGACGGUGCAGGCGGACAAUGCCGACCUGCGGGUCCUCUUGGAGCGCGAGCGUGUCGAAAAGGGCGAGCUGGUCAUGCUCGCCGAGGAGAUGAUGAACAUGCAGCAGAGCUUUAUUGGGAACGUACCAGAGGAGGACGAGGAACAACAACAACAACAACAGCAGCAGCAGCAGCCACAGCCGCAGCAACCCACCCCGGCCCCAGCCCCGGUUCAGAGCGCGAAGACGCCCAAUAGGCGCCAGUCGUCUUCGCUCUCUUCCCGGACCCCUGGCACCACGGCGGGCAACGGCAGCAGCACCAACAACUUCCGCAUGUCGGUCAAUGGCGCGCCGAACGGCUUCCGGGCAUCUGGCCUCCGGGCUCCCGGCGCCAGCGGGUUCGGGAAGCCUUCGGGCAUCGCAGGGCCCGAGAGCCGGAUCGGGCGCGUGGCGCAUCACGAGCGGACCAAGAGCGCGGCCGUGAUGGGGGUGAGCGGCCACCAUGGGAGCGCGAGCGGGGAGAGAACCGAGAGGGACUGGCUGUUGGUUGAGCCAGUUGACGCUUUCGGCGGCAGCAAAGCAAGUCAUCAUGUUAAUACCCCCUCUCUGUUGUUUGGCUUUUAA